CUAAGCUAAUUAACUCAUCAUCUUCAUUAUUCUCCUUCUUCCUUAACUACUUUACUAUCCUCAUCUCCAUAUAAUUAACAAAUCUGUUUGCAAAUCAAAAUGGCCCUUUCUCUAGGAUACUUUGAGAUUGCAACAACCCUGUUGUUUAUCUUGGUUAUUGCUAAUUUCUUCCGAAUCAACCGCAAGUCAUUCCACACGAACGUUCCCUUCGAAUGGCCACUCAUCGGAAUGCUUCCCGCAGUCAUCGAUAACAUGAACCGUGUCCACGAUCGUUUGGUCGAAAUUCACACAAUCGUCGGACCUACAUUCCUCUUCAAAUUCCCUUUCUUCUUCAAUAUGAGCUUAUUGUCGAGUGUGGAUCCGAUGGACAUGCAUUACAUAAUGAGCAAGAACAUGCAAAACUUUCCUAAGGCGCCUCUCUUCUCGAAAAUGUUUGAUUUCAUGGGUAAAGCGUGGUUCAACUGCGACGGCGAAGAGUGGAAGAUACAGAGAAGGGUGGUCCAAGUGCUUCUCACCAAUAACCGCUUCAACCGGUUCUUGGGAAAGACAAGCGCACGUAACAUCGAGAAAGGGUUGAUACCUGUUCUUGAUAACGCGGCUAAUAAUGGAUCGGUCCUUGACUUGCAAGAUGUGUUCAAUAGGUUGACAUUUGAUACGUCAUGUAAGAUUGUAACGGGUUACAAUCCAUGUAGCCUCUCCCUUAAGUUACCGGAGAUACCAUUCUCCAAGGCAUUAGAUGAGGCAGAAGAGUCGGUUUUGUUACGCCAUGCCAUGCCCGAGUCCGUUUGGAAGCUUUUGAAAUGGAUGAACAUUGGAUCCGAAAAAACUCUUACACAUGCAUGGGCCAUAUUGGAUGUGGAAAUCGGGAAAUUGAUAUCCAUGAAGAGAGAACAGCUCGCUAAGGAGACGUACGACCCAACUGAAUUAGUUAAUGGAUCGGAACAAAAGGAAGAAGGAAUCGACAUCUUGACGUCGUACUUAUACGCCAAUGAACAAAUGUACGCAUCGUUAAAGAUUGACGAUAACUUCUUAAGAGACACAAUUCUAAACUACAUGUUAGCCAGCCGAGACACAACGAUAUCUUCCCUAACUUGGUUCAUCUGGCUGGUAAUAAUUUACCCAGAAACCCUAAACAAGAUCAGGGAAGAGCUCAAAUCGGUCUUACCAUCGUUGGAAUCCGAAAACCCAUGCAUAUUCAAAUCUGAAGAUGUGAACAAGCUUACAUAUCUCCAUGCAUGCGUUUGUGAAAGUUUAAGACUCUAUCCACCUGUGCCAUUUCAACUUAGAGUACCAGAAAAGCCAGACAAGCUUCCUAGCGGAGUUUGUGUAACUCCAAAUGAUAAAAUCAUCAUGUCAGUUUAUGCAAUGGCAAGAAUGAAGUCUAUAUGGGGUGAAGAUUGUUCGGAAUUCAAGCCUGAAAGGUGGAUAACGGAAAAAGGAGGGAUUAAACACGAGCCAACGUAUAAAUACCCAGUGUUUAACGAUGGACCGAGGAAUUGUCUUGGGAAGGAUAUGGCGCUUAAUCAUACGAAGAUGGUGGCCGCAACAAUAAUCCAUAAUUACAAUUUAGAGAUGAUGGAAGGACAUGUUGUGGAGAAGAAUUGUUCCAUUAUAUUGUAUAUGAAGCAUGGCCUGAAGGUGAAUGUGUUUAAAAGAUGGACCUAGAAAGAGAGAGAGAGAAAAGAUUGAGAUUUCUUUAACCUAAAUAUAAAUGGUGUCGGUGGUGUGUACUUUAUCUUUGAUAUUUAUCGUGAUUAUUAAUUAAUGUGAUUUGUAUUGUUUGGAGAA